AUGUCUGUCACUACUGCCGAAGCACCAGCCUGCAAAUUCCAGGACUCGCUGCCGCUUGAACUGCAGCAGGAUAUCAUCCGCAUGCUAGACCCCGUCGGUCUCAUAUCCCUCAGCCAAUCCAGCCGCUACUUCCGGCGCGUCAUCGAUCCCCAAAGAAAACACUUUGCUGAAAGACUGCUCGUCAUCGAGUCCCGACCAGAGUACAAAGGGCCUGAUAUCGUCUCCAUAGAUUUCUUCCUCAGAGGAUGCUUUGCAGAUUGGAUACUAGAAGACUGGGACGCGCAUCGCUGGGCCUGCACCUCAUGCCUGAAGCUCUUACCCCAUUCUCGCUUCAACAACCACUCGAUUUUGAGCCUGGCAACCCGCAAGCCAUAUGAAGAGUGGAAUCCGACUCUCGUUACCUCCUCAUGGGCGCCGUCACUGCAUGGGACAGAUUGGAGCAAGGCGGCUAGGCUGAAGAAGAUUAAAGAUAACAAGAUCGACAAAUCCUGUUGGCGGCAGGUCGCCCACUAUGAGCGGCACUUCUCUGGACAUGCCCGGCUGAAGCGACGGUGCAUGGAGUGCCAGUAUAAGGACCGCGGCUGGGAUUUGCACAGAAGUCGCCGUAUUCGAUACGAGUCGUGCUUGGAUCGUUGGUUUCCGCAAUUAGCCGAAGUCCUCGUCAGCAAACGCCCGCCGUUUCCACCUCGCAUCAUCAGACCAUGCCGGUUCAACAAGACCGAUGAAGAAUGGACCAUGUAUGUGAAACGGUGCCCUCAGUGCGAGAAGUGGCAGGAGUUGCGGUCUUUCAGAUUUGCGGGGAACCGGGUCAACUACCCGUGGUCACGAGCCGAAGACGAGUGCCGAAAAACACAAGACGGCACAUGGGUGAAGGUUACGGGGCCGAUUUUAUGUAACCAUUGUUUUGAACGAGAGUAUGGACGGGAGUCCCUGGCUCAGGCGCUCAUGAACCAGUUCAAGGGCCUAUUGGAGGAUCAGACGAAAGAGAUGGCCCUCCGGCUUCAUCUCCCGCCAAACAGCUUCAGCAGAUAUCGAAUGCAGAGAUCAGUCCACGGCGAGGAGCUGAAGCAGCUUCUGGAGGAGAUUCCCCAGUGCAGUCUUGAUGAUGAGCCGGCGGACACCCUCGCCCCCGAAGACGUGGCCGUUUUGCGUGAUUUCCACGGCAAGUUCAAGGGCGUCUGGGGGAAUAUAGAGGAAGAGACUGAGCAGCACCGUCGCGCUGGGACCCCCAUAGGGGAGACUUACGACCCCCAUGCCGGAGGGCUACUCCUCUUGCGGUUGAUGGUUUGGCAAAACCACUUUCACGAAUUUGAGGCACACUGGCAUUGGUUGAAGGCGUGCGCGGCUGAGAUUGAGCAGAACCCGGACCUAUUGGUGGUUUGGGCGCUCCAACGAGAUCCUGAAUCUUUAAAACUGUAG